UGUUUCAACGCUUACAUCUAAAUCCAUCUACUCACAUCGCUCUCCAACUAUUUGCAGGAAAUGUUCAAAAUAUUCAUUAAUCUUCUGUCUAUCUACUAAGCGGGCGCAUAUCUCAUAACAGCAAAGCGAAAAUUUUCCUGCAUUUUAGUUACAGCCAGGCGACAUCCAUUGUACGCCACGCGAAAAAUGAUCCUCCUCCCCUUUCGCCCCUUCGUCGCGUCUUUUCUACUUGCCACAUAAUUCUGAGCCUCCCUUCCCCUUUUGCAGCGUGACGAACUAAACGACGACGAAUAAUCGAACCGGACCAUUCAAUAAAUCUCCAGAAACAGAGAAAACCAUUCAUCAGUUCGCCGAGUGCUGUUGUCCGUAGCAGUCGAUUAAGCAAAAUGGAUCGAUGGGAAGGCAAGGUGGCCGUUGUUACUGGAGCAAGCUCCGGCAUCGGUGCAGUUAUAGUUAAAGAAUUGGCGAAAGCUGGAAUGGUAACCAUUGGAUUGGCUCGUCGAGUGGAACGCAUUCAGCAGCUGAAAACCCAACUGUCGGAGGAAGCUGCCGGAAGAUUGUACGCAAUGAGUUGCGAUGUUUCUAAGGAAGACAGCAUCAACAGUACAUUUGCGGAGAUCGUAGAUAAAUUCGGCGGAGUUGAUGUAUUGGUUAAUAAUGCAGGUGUAGUACGAGAAACUGCACUACUCGCAGACGAUGGUGCCCAGCCGUUGAAAGACAUUCUGGAAAUCAAUGUGUUGGGAUUGACUCUGUGCACUCGUAAAGCGUUCAAAUCGAUGAAACAGCGCAACGUAGCUGGACAUAUAGUGCAUAUAAAUAGCAUUGCCGGACAUAAAGUGCUUAACUUUCCUCAUAUGAAUAUGUAUUCUGCCAGCAAGUAUGCUGUUACGGCCAUCACAGAAACGAUGAGAAACGAACUGCGUGAGCAAGGGUCCAAAGUCAAAGUUACUAGCAUCAGUCCUGGAGUAGUAAAAACUGAAAUCGUUGACGGUCUGGAUGAUCACAAAGAUUUCCCCAAGCUGGAAUGCGAGGACAUCGCUCACGCUGUAUUGUACGUAUUGGGUACCCCACCGCAUGUUCAGGUUCAUGAAUUGACCAUUAAGCCGGUCGGAGAAGGCUUCUAACAACGUUAAUGUGGGUUGAAGGAAUUGUAAGAAAUA